AUUCUGGAGAGGGACCUACAUCUGAUGAGCUGAGGAUUGUGUUGGUGGGUAAGACUGGAGCAGGAAAGAGUGCAACAGGAAACACCAUCCUGGGGAGAGAAGUAUUUAAUGAAGAUUCCAUCCUAGAGUCAGUAACAAAGACCUGUGAAAAACAGGUUGCAGAGCAUGCAGGCAGGAAAAUUACUGUGAUUGAAACCCCAGGAUUAUUAGACACAUCAACGACUGAAGAGCAAAUGAAAAGUGAAAUGGAGAAAUGUGUCCGCUUAUCUGACCCAGGACCACAUGCGUUUCUCCUGGUCAUCAGGCUGGGAAGAUUCACAAAGGAGGAUAUCAGCACUGUAGAAUGGAUCCAGGAGAAUUUCGGAGAGGAAGUAAAAAGUUUUAUGAUGCUCUUGUUCACAGGAGGAGAUCAGCUAAACAAACCAGUGGAUGAGUAUCUCUGUAAAAGCAGUGAGCUUUGGAAACUCAAAGGUGAAUUUCAAUACCAAGUCUUCAACAAUAAAGACAGGAACAACAUCACUCAGCUUACAGAGCUGCUGGGUAAAAUAGAGGCAAUGAUGGAGGGAAACAAAAGACAAUGUUACACUGAAGAGAUGUACCAAAAAGCUCAGAGAAAGAUCAUAGAUAAUGAGGAAAAAGAGAAAUUUAAAGAAAGGGUUGCAGUGGGAGCAGCGGGAGCAGCAGGAGCAGCAGGAAUAGCCGCAACAGGAGUAACAGCAGCUUUAGCAGCAGCAAAGAUAACAGCAGCAGUAGUUGUGGCAGGAGUAGUAGCUGCACCAGUACUGGCUGCCAUGGCAAUGGGAGCAGCUGGUUAUGCAAUAUAUUUAGGAGUUAAAAAGAAAAAAAGAGAAAAAAGAGAUUAGACACUUAAGAGAAAAAGGAAAACCAAUGACACAUGAUUCCAAGUGCAUUUUUGCUUUGUA